AUGAAGACAGGUUUGAUCGCUCCAAUCGUCGUCGCCCUUGUGGCCGUGGGUCUACCCGCAACACAUGCGCUUCGGUACACCGUCCACAACAUCGCAGUACCCUUUUUCGAAGCCUGGCAGCAGUGCUUAGCGAAGGGAGGAAGCUUAGCCUCAAUCGAGUUGGCAGUGCAGAAUCUUGCCGUGACCGAUCAAAUCCAGAAGUCUGGUGCAUCUGGCGCCUGGUGGAUCUCAGGCUCAGACUUGGGCUUGGAAGGAUCAUGGAUUUGGAUGUCGAGGAACACACCAGUCGGCUAUCGCAGCGGUUAUAUUAACUUCGCCGAUGGAGAACCAAACAAUAAGGCUGCCGGCGGGGAAAACUGCCUGACGAUGCACAAGGAUGGAGGGUGGAACGAUGAAUCGUGCGAUAAUCGCAACUUUUAUGUAUGUGAGUACUAUUCCACUUAG